AUGAUCCACUUUAUCCGAUUCACUCCAUCCAUCGAUGUGGACAAAACUUCCGGCUCAAGUUUGUGUCGUGAUAAGUCUACGUCUGCACCCCAGAGAGGUUCCCAUGUGAACCAGCGUGCAAUAGCUUCUUUUUCCUGUUGCUUUUCGCGAUUCGAUGCUGCCAUGACCCUCGCUGAACAGCGGCCCAUCUAUUUCAAUCGUGACAUGUUCGGUUCUCAGAAGCCUUCCACUUCUUCGUAUAGUGCUCACGAGCUGCUCGGAAAAAGGCAUGGAGAGGAUGACAGCGAUGCUCCUCGCGCUAAGCGAAGGUUCGAAAGGGUAAGCGCUCAAUUUGAACGCUUCAGCAUCUCCGAAGAAAGCGAGCGCAAUGGAAGGUUGAGCAUGGAUACUUCGGAUUCUGAUGACUCGGACGCCGUGAACAGUAAGCACUCGGAUGAUGACGUAGAGGGUCUUGUGGAAGAACCUGAUGAGAAUGCUAAUGGAGGUCUGCUGCUGAACGACUACCUCAAGGGCUAUCUGAAGCGCAUGAAGCAAGACGAUUUUGGUCUUCCCGCGAGAAGCACUAUACAAGGGAAUGAGUUGGUUAUCUGGCGGCCUUUGAAGGAGUUCCGAGACCCAUUUGAAGAUCCAACAAUGAAGGGGCGCAUACAAGAAGUGGAUGGUGGCGAGAAUAUAUUCGGUGACGCUACGCCACAUAUCGUUACUGAAUCUGCAGACAGUGAAUCGGAAAGCGAAAUGUCUACGCAAAGCAUUCUUCGGCCAGCAUCGAACGUGAAAAUUGAAGAAGUGACAGAUCAAAGUGCCGAUGAUGAUAUUAUGGAAUGUGACUGAUAAGUCAGUCUCAUGUUGCACACUAUAUUCCUUAUUUUUUUUUCAACUUUCUGAUCUCUCUUCUUUGUAUAUAUCAUUGAAUUGUAAGGAACUUUGUGAUACUCGUUUUAUGUUUUUCAUACUGAGCAAUGUGCGUAAUAUAGCUACGUAUCACUCGAAGGCUUUCACGCUCUUUCCACUAAGAUCUAGUGCAGUUGUCUGCACAGUGUUCGUAAUCAUCGUUAUUCGCAGCCGUUAUUAGGCGUGAUUUUGUUGCUAGGCAGUAGAUUCACCGCAUUGGACUUGUUCUUAUGUCCAGGGGUAGCAUACGGUUAGGAAUGGCCUUAAUCUCUCUGUGAGAUGAUUUUUACUGUUAUUCUCAAAGCCAGCACCCUCAGCAAUUUUGUAGAGUGACUGUAGUGCAGGUAAUCAAGUGUGAUUCGGAAGAAUCACCAAGUUACUACGCUCUUUUGCUGCUCGUAUGUAUCUACGAUUCUGACUGUUAAUCAGGAGUAUUCAAUCAGCUACGGAUAUACCGUCGCAAGCAAGAGCUAUGAAAAAAGAAAGUGGGGAAAUGUUAAAUUCGUAGUAACUAUGUACUAACUAUGUUCUAUCCUCUGCUGAUGGGUGUGGCGUACAAAAUCGAACUCUAACCUGUAAGGCCUCGCGCAUACUUCACGCGUUUCAGUCACAACGUGAUUUGGCAAUAUUCAGUUGCUUAUAACUCGUCGCAAAUUCAAUUUGAGCACACGGAAAAUAGCACAUUUUAUCGACUACAAAAGUUGAAUACAAGCAUUUAUAUGCGAGUGUUGGGUCUGAGUAGAUCUGGCAAAUGGCCAAAUCGCAUGGCGACUGAAUCGCGAGAGGUAUGGCCAGCGCUAAGAUAAGCAUGUUGAGUUUUCUUGUUAUUACUAAUCACUUCCGUUACAGAAAUUGCUUCGAAUCUUUGUACUGAUAACGGAUACUUGCAAGAGAUUGCUUUUUUGCAAACGUAUCUUUCUUUCCCGUACUUUUGUAUUUCUGUUCUUUGCAUGCUGAUAUGCGUUUUGUGCUAAUUUGUUUAUUAAGGAGAAAACAUCUUGGUGUUGUCUUCAUAGAAUGGAACUUUAUAUAAGCUUUUCAUAUUUCUUUGUGGUCCCAUCGAGUUAAACCAAUAAAACUUGAAACC